UGCGCCUGAUAUCGAACGUGCGUAGAGGAGUUGCAGUGUUCGGAGUAACGUCUACACGGGUGGCGUCGAUGAAGAAUCCAACCGCUCCUCCCCCGUUGUCAAGCAGGAUCGCAGUGAGACAGGCUACUGCGGACGAGGCACAUCCGUUGCUGACCGACAUGAUCAACGCUGCUUUCAAACAAUACAACAAGCAGUUCAAGGAAGAUCUCGCAGCCGACCGCGUGACGAAGGAUGGCAAGCAAGCUGCAGCUCUUGUCUACAGGCUUGUCUAGUGCUUUGGGAAGCCCUCUGACUGAAGGCUGUGGUGCUAUCGAUGCUCAUGCCGUAGAUGUUGUUCACCACCCGGCACCAAGAGUGCGGGAGAUUAGCGAUCGCACGGUUUCUAGUAAGUAAACAUGUUGGAUAAAGGGUCAAUCGGGGGAGUUGGUUGGCACUCGCAGGGUUUUCUAGUAAGCAUGUUGGAUAAGGCGUACAAUCGGGGAAGUUGGGUUAGGGCCAGGGUUAAGGAAUAGGGAUUGUGUCCUCUGCGUACCCCCUCCCUGUGCUGUUUCCUCAUAAUCUAAUUUUCUCACGGAGGCGGUCCGGGAGAUGGCACCCGGCGGGGAGUGCAAGAAACAUCAAGACCGGCAUGAUUUAAAAUCGAUUUCCGCGCCGGU